AUGAAUCGCAAGCAUUCUAUCACAGACGUAAAGACUAUCAAACCAGCUGAGUUGUAUCCUUGGGUACGCAACAACAAUUCGCCACAUGGUAAGUUUGUUGUUGUUGAUGUUAGAGAUGCGGAUUAUGCUGGCGGACAUAUUCGUAAUUCCUGGAACCACACUAUUGUAAAAUUUCAUCUAAAAAAUGCUUCGGAGCUUCACGAGCGAUUGUAUUGUGAGAGGGUCAAGGCGGUUGUGUUUCACUGUUCGCUUUCGCAGUCGAGAGGUCCUAGAGCAGCAUUGUUGUUUUUAAGAUCACUCGAUCAUAUAAAAGAUAAACAAUUGAAAGACUAUUUUGAAAAUGAUGUGCAUAUUUAUCUUCUUAUCGGUGGGUUUGCAAAAUGGCAAGAGCUAUAUGGCAACGAUCCUGAUGUGACCGAGGACUACGACCCCGAGAUCUGGAGACAAACCAUGAGCAUUUAG